AUGCCCAUUACUGCCAGUGGCAUUCCUUCUGUCUUUCCUGUUAUUGAUCAUCCUUUCCCACCAAUAUACGCAGACUCUAAUUUUGCAAAACAAACUCCUGUGCCUACAUGCUCAUGGAUUAGUAACCUCUUUUACCCUAGUGUAAACAAUAUAGCACCUACCACACCUGAUCCUUAUAUUUUACGAGUUUUGGAUGGUGACUCUAAUUGGGGUGUGUCAAUUUCGCAACCAGGUCAGCCAAUUAUUGGUGGAUAUCCAGCCAUGAAUAAUGUACCUGCCACUCCUGCAGGAUACGCCAUCAACUCUGCUGUAAUAGAUUUUAGAAUUUCUGCAAAGGAAUGGAGUUCAAGGCCUUCACCACUUGUAACACAAUGGGACUUGCUGAGUGCUCAAUUGAAAUUAUCAAGCCAGAGUGGUAGUAAUAUAGUAUUUCCUAUUACACGAGGUAGUGCAUUUAUCACUGCACAAUAUCAGACAUUGACACCCCAGUUUUUCACCCAACAUGCAAUCAUAAACGUAAAAGCUGAUGGUAAUGAUGUUACAACAGGACAGAAAUUUAAGAUAACAUUGAAUAAUGGAUCAACAUGGUUGGUGUACGUAUUGGGAAAGCCAAUUACAUUAAAGCAGACAAAUAUGAAUUUGCUAGUUGCGACUGAGCCUUAUAAUGGAGUUAUACAGGUCACAAAACUACCUCGUCCUGAAGAUGAAGCAACAUUAGAUGCAUAUCAUGGUGUUUGGGCGACUGGAGGAAAAGUAACAAUUGAUGAUGGAGGUGCAAAUUAUCGUAUUGAUUGGAUAAAACAAGGUGACACUAACAAGGAUCUUUUAAUAUAUGCGUAUGCUCAUCAUCUUAAAACACUUACAAGUGCUCAAAAGAUCACCAAUAUUAUCCUUAAUUCGUCAUCUAAGGGCCCCAUGAGAGCAGUGAUCGGCAAUUCUUGGACUUUAGUUGAAUCAGAUUUGCCUGCUGUUGAUUGGUUCCCCCAGCAGCCUGUACCUGAUACUACAACUCGUAACGAAAUUUUGACGACUUUGGCUGAUGAAAUCCGCAACACCAACUAUACAGAACAUACAAUUACUUUAGACGAUACUUAUUUUGCUGGAAAAGGUUUACAAAAACUAGCUCUACUAGCACUUAUUCUGAACAAGCCACAAACAACAGGCCUAGUUAAUGAAGAACUAGCAGAAUUAGCGCUUAGUAAACUUAAAGCUGUAAUGGGGCCUUUUCUAGAUAAUAAAGUCAAAGGGGCUAGUUUUCAAUAUGAUAAACGGUAUAAAGGGAUUGUAGCUACGUCUGGACUGCCAACUUCAAUGGGAGGUACAGGGAAUAGGGAUGCAGGAUUUGGACAUAGCUACUACAACGACCACCAUUAUCAUCAAGGAUAUUUUAUUGUAACAGCAGCCAUCCUUAACAGUUUAGAUCCUACAUGGCGAUCAACAGACCUUAAACAAUGGACAGAGGCAUUGAUUAGAGAUGUAAAUAAUCCGGUACAAGACGAAUGGUUUGCUCAAUUUAGAAGCUGGGAUUGGUUUGCAGGACAUAGUUGGGCAGGUGGUAUUAAAGUGAAUGGAGCCCUAGAUGGACGUGAUCAGGAGUCAGUACCUGAGGUAACUGUAUAA